CUUAGGUUUUCAGAGGCAACUGCCCCAUUUCGACUUUGAUCUCCAUUUGAGGUUAUCAGCAGCUCGUUGCAUCCCAAAAGAAGGAACAGAUACUGGAGUUCGAUCGCCAUUAAUCUUCCCAAGUUUUCCAGUAUCGAAAUGCAUCGAAGAAGCCAUAUUUCUUUAUGCAAAUUACUCAGCAGAAGCCCUUUUGCAAGAUCUUCAAAACCCACAUCCCUAAUUGGUUUCAAAGCAAUCACUACAAAAUCAUUUCACCUCUUUUCAAACCCGACUACUUUCCCUCCUUCAAAUUCUAGUUUCGAGAAAGCCCCAUAUGCCCAAUUCAAGAUCUAUCGGUCAUACACUGUUGAAACUGACAAAGUUGUUGAUGAAAUCAACUUGAAGUUCGCAGAGGCAAGAGAAGAGAUCGAAAUGGCGAUGGAAUCAAAAGAAACUGUUUAUUUCAAUGAAGAAGCUGAAUGUGCUCGUGCUGUGGUUAAAGAAGUUCUCGAUAUGUAUGAAGGAUUGCUUUCGAAAUUGCCUGAAAAGGAAAGAGGGGGAAUACAGAGGUCUAUGGGGUUGAAAAUUGAACAAUUGAAGGCUGAACUUGGACAAUUGAAUGAAUAAUGAGGUUUGUUCAUUUGGGGCUAAUCUGUUUUCUUUCAUGUUUUCAAGGAAUUAGCUUUAUUUAAUUAUGUUAUUUGCUAUGUUGAAGAUGAACUGACAAAGGGUUCUGGUGGGAAUCCCCAAUUUUAUGAGAAGAUAAUGAAUGAUAGCCAUGAUAAAGAAUUUUAAGUUAAUAAUGGUUAAAUUUUCAUGAUUUCUACU